UCUCAAAGGCUUUCUAUAUAAGCAGACGACAUCCCUAAAUGCUUGCUGGUCCUAACAAGGCAUGUUUUUCCCUCCUUGCCCGGAUCACAUCUCUUUAUUGCUUCAACUUGUGCACAGGGUGAUGGCAAGCCAGGACUCUCUCACUCUGCCUUGCUCGACCCUUUCUGUAUUUCAAGGUUUGGAAUUGGAGUCGUGAAAGAGAAACGCCAAAAGAAGAGCACAAGAGCAGCGAGUGAGGGAUCGACAAAGAUGCCUGCAGUUUGGUUUGCCCUCAAGAGAUCACUGGACUGCAAGUCAAAUCAUCGGUCGGAUGCUCAUGAACCAAGGCUGAGGAGCCUCAACAGCAUCAUCACAAGAAGGCCAAGGUGCGGCUGCUCGAAGUCGAUAUCGCAUCUCCGAGAUGUUGUUCAUGGAAGCAAGAGGCACGCUCAGAAGCCACCAAGCUGUAGCCCAAGAUCCAUUGCCAGCAGCGAGUUCAUCAACCCCAUAACCCAUGAAGUGGUCUUCAAUAACUCGAAAUGCGAAAUUAAGAUCAUGGGUGUCGGAGGCAAAGUCGGUGGGAAUCAUAGCAGGAGCGAUUCGAAUUCAUCGACUUUUGUCGGGACACUUCAUCCUGGAACACCUGGUCCUAGGGGCCAGUACAUGGUUCCAAGCAGUUACAGUUCCCCGAGGUCGAUGAGUACUCCUUCGAGGAGGAUUGGCAGCAGUUCGUCCACGUCUGUCAGUUGCAGAAGCGGCGGUUUCCCAAAGUCCAGGAGUAUUGUAGGCCCUGAUGCUCAUGUUGGAUCUUUGGUUCUCACGUGCCACAAGUGCGGCGAGCGAUUCAAGAAGUUGGAUGCUGUUGAAGCUCAUCAUCUCUCCAAACAUGCUGUAACUGAACUAAGUGAUGGAGAUUCAUCCAAAAAAAUAGUGGAAAUAAUUUGCCAAACAAGCUGGUUGAAGUCUGAGUACAGCAGCUGUGGACAGAUUGAGAGAGUCUUGAAAGUCCACAACAUGCAAAAGACCCUCGCCCGGUUUGAAGAAUAUCGAGAGAUGGUCAAGAUCAGAGCCAGCAAGUUAUCCAAGAAGCACUCCCGUUGUUUGGCCGAUGGAAAUGAGCUCCUAAGAUUCCACAGCACAAUCGUGGCUUGCUCGCUCGGCGUCGGUUCUUCCGCCCUAUGUAAUCUCAACAAUUGUGGUGUUUGUCGAAUUUUGAGACACGGGUUUCCUUCGAAGAAGGAAUUGGCUGGUGGUGCAGGGAUAUUCACUUCAUCCACGAGCGCAAGAGCCAUCGAAUCAAUUAAAUUAGGUGAAGGAGAUGAGUGCCUCAGGAAGGCUCUGCUGGUUUGCAGAGUAAUUGCUGGGAGAGUCCACAAGCCUCUAGAAAACAUUCAUGAAAUGGCGAGCCAAUCUGGGUUCGACUCAUUGGCCGGGAAAGUGGGUCAGUUCUCAAGCAUCGAAGAACUUUAUAUAUGGAAUCCGAAAGCUCUCUUGCCUUGCUUUGUGGUUCAUCAACACUAAACGGUUCUUCACUUUCGCUGUUCUUCUGUGCUUGAGAAGUUGUCUUCCGGUACCGAGUAUUGUCAAGUAUAACCAAAGACUGUUUGAAUAAGUAGGUUUCUAUUAGGAGAACAAAAGCAAGCCCGACUGCAAAAAUUUUGUCAGCUUGAAUAUGUUUGUACAAAAUUUAGAACAUAAAGCUCUCAUGAUAAUCGCGAAAUUAAGCAACUUAAUGGAUGAACAAUUUAAUAUACAUAAUCCACGAAGAUCUUUGGGGUAUUAGAGUAUGUAAUGUCCUGAGUCGAUGCAGAGUUCUGUUUCUUGCAUUAACUGCCGUAUCUUUGGUCGUCGGAUGAGCCUUUCUGUCCAGUCUGGAAAUUGUUGGCCUCCUGUUUUAGGUGAAGUAUUCAUUUAUAUCAUCGAUCUUCUCUCUC